AGUGUUUUACAUACCUCAAACUAUGUUCUUUCUUCAAUAUAUUUUCUCAUUCCUUCUAUCACUUCCAAAUUUUAAUUUUCUAACAGAAUGAAGAAGCACGUCCCCUCAUAUAGCAAUUAACAAGUAAAUAUAAAUAGCUUCCACAAUACAGUCGAAGGACACACAAUGGAGGACAGAGCUAAGUUAAUAGUAACACAAGGUCAUGAAACUCUUUUAACAAAAUGUUUCAUUGGAAAGACUGGAGGGGCUUCUUGGUUAGGCUUAAUGAAGAAAGCUUUUAGAUCACCUGUCAAAGAGAAUCAUAUGAGAAGUAGCAGAAGAAGAGAAGAGGCUGAGCAAGAGGAAGAAGAAAAGAAGAGGGGGAAACGACGAUGGAUAUUCCGAAAGCCUACGCUUCAUGAAACAACAAUUAAUCACAAACAAGAAGCAAACGCCACCACCAACACCUCAUCAAGUACAAGCAAAAGAAAUCUGGCGACAAAUUUAUUGCCAGAGAAUAAUGCUGAUUUGAAGCAAAGAAGAACAAUUGCAGUAGCCAUGCCUGCCACACUAGGCAAGGACGGAUCGAAAGUUUUAGGCACGACAGAUGCUACAGCACGGGCAGCUGUGGACAUUAUUCGGCUCACACGACCUACCAUUUUAGUUAAAGAACAGCGUGCCGUCCUUACCAUUCAGACAGCAUUCAGAGGGUACUUGGCAAGAAAAGCACUCGGGGCCCUCAAGGGGCUGGUAAAGUUGCAAGCUUUAAUAAGAGGCCACAAUGUUCGAAAGCGAGCAAAAAUGACCCUCCAAUGCAUGCAAUCUCUUGUUCGAGUGCAAACUCAGGUGUGUGAUCAACGUAGAAGGUUAUCCUGUGAAGGGAUUAAUUGUGGUUCCAUUUUCAGAGAGCCAAAAAGCAUUCUGGAGCUUCAUCUCGGUGACAAGGAGUCUACUUCUACAAAUCUAGCUAGUACUGUGGACGAUGGUUAUGAUCAUUCGCGUGCACUAGAAAAAGUUGAAGCUUUGUUACAGAAAGCAAAGGAAGCUGCUAAAAAGCGCGAAAAUUCUCUUGCUUCUGCAUUCUCUCGGAAGAUGUGGACCUCGGAUAAGGAUGAAGACGAAAGUAGCAAUAAAGAGCUUGACGAGGAUUUGAGAAUUUUUCACUGUAGAGCUUCAUGCGAUCAGCCAAGAGAUCGCAAAAAGAAUAUUGAAACCGACACGGCUUGCUCUUAUUAUGACUCAGAUCCCGAGUUUUGGAGAUUACAACAUCAUUAUUAUCAGGACCAGCAACGAAAAUUCUAUUCAUAUGCAGGCCCGUCUCCUCUCUCCCAUAGAGCAAAUGUUAACGGUUUGCCCAUGACACCACCAACAUUUAAGAUGAAAAAUAUCCUAUUUCAUUCGGCUAGUCCACGGUGCAGAAGGGAAGAAAAGAGCAAUCACCGGACGGCGGCUCUUCUAUCCCAUAGAGCAAAUGUUAACGGUUUAAGCAGGAACUCUCCUAACUCUGAGCCCAAUUACAUGGCAGCUACAGCAUCAGCCAGGGCCCGUGGUGAACGGUCACAAAGUGCUCCAAGGCAGAUGCCGAUGACUCCAGAAAGAGAAAAAACAAGUGCAGCAAAGAAACGUCUAUCUUUCCCUGUUCCAUGAAACGUCCAAUGACACUGAUGGAAAAAUUCUGAAGCUAAAUAGCAAAAUUCAUCGAUAAUUCUAUUUAGCGACGGGUUAGCGAUAAAGUUGAGCUAAUUAAUAUUUUUUAUUGUAGUGUUAGAUUGUUAACUUUAGAUCAUAGAUUGGUGAGCCCUAGAAGGAAGAGUGUACAAUUCUACAUACAGAACCAUUUGGCAUGCAUGGAUCAUUAAUUGAUAGUCCAAUAGGCAUUAAAACUUCUA